UUGAGGUUUAUGUUUAAACAUAUAAUCAGACUUCUCCAGGAUGUUCUUCAAUUCACAGGGUGUUUGUUUACUGUUGCUUCUAGGCAGUUUUGCAAGGGCAGAUGAGCCAAAGUGCGAGGAAGACUGUGCUGGCGGAUGGUGUAAAACCAUGUGCUAUUACCGACCACAGGGAGAUGGGACAGAUUUAAUUGAUACAUGCACACAGGAGGGAACUGAUACGGCUGAAUGUGCAGGAGGAGGAACUGUGCCUGGCAAUGGCAUAGCUACGGAGGAAGACUGCAAAAUUUAUGCCGCUGCUACCGAUAAGUGUGUUGCUUACAGAUUUAUUAAGCUGAAUCUGCCAGAUGGUGCAGGUGGUGUAAUAGUCAAAUAUGUUUGUGAGCUAUUGUCAGCAUGCAGAUCGAGAGGAGAUAUAACAGACGAACAAGCAGAACAACAGGAUUUUGUCGUAGGAAGCGGAAAGACAUGCGAUGAUCCAGCGGAUACAGUAAUUUGUCCUACAUUUCCCUUUAGUCCAGGGAAUAACAUAGUUCGAUGGAUAUGCGAAGAUAAAGAACAAACGAAUAAAAAUGAUCCUUAUUACUAUAAACAAGCCGUUGGAACUGUAUGUAAUCCAACACAUGAUUGCCAUGCUCCUCCAAUCACAUCAGCGACUAUGCAAGCCAAAUGUAUCGAGGAUCCAGAUAAUCUUGGAACUGGGAAAUGGGUAGAUGGAACUGAUGAAGCAAAAGAUCCUGCAGCUCUUGAAGCAUGUAAGUGCCCCACAUUAAGAAUACCAGAUGCCCUAGGAACUAAUCUAGCCUGCAAAGAGGAGCUAGAAGUAAAUAAUGGGGACUUCACAUUAGGAGUUGGUGGAGUGUCAAACGAAUGUGCUCUGUUUUGUGACAACUAUUUUAUAGCUGAUCUAACUUGUGAGUUUGCUAAGGACACCACUGCAGAAGUAAAAACAACCUGGGUGGCAUCCUGGGACGGGAACAGAAAUGAAGUAAAAAAAGACUGUCUUUCCUGUUGGGAAGGAGGAUGUCCAGAUAACCCUCCUAAAAUAUGAUUUUUACUUCCUGAAACAGUUUGUUUUCUCAAAAUUUGAUUGGCAAAAUAAAAUAGUUAAUUUUUAAACAUAUAAAUAAAUAAACAAACAAAUAGUGUAAGAUAUUUGUGCUAUUUUGGAAAUUGUGAGAAAUAAAUGUUUCCAAUUUUUA